AUGGGAAUCGAUAAAACUAAACUUUUAAGGCCUCAAAAGAUGACCUUUCAGUUUGUUGAGGAAGGGAAUUGGGCUAAAGAGGCCAAAAUUAUCAAGUUGAAGAGUCAAUUUGGUGAAGCACAAGAAGUAAAACAAGCACAUCAGCGUGAUAUUAACCCAACUCUCAUAGAGGUAGCCAAGAGAAUUAUUAACAAAGAAAAGCCGAAAGAACCUAUUCUUGAUGUUGAGUGGUGGGACGUGCAAGUUCUUGAUUUUGGUACUUACGGAAACGUCACAAAAGGCGGGCCUCCUGAAGAUAUACUAAAGAAAGAGAAGAUAACUCUAUACAUGGAACAACCCCACCCAAUCGAACUGCCAGCCGAACUCACCCCACCCUCGCCUCAGCCUCUAAAACUCACCCAAAAAGAAUGCAAAAGACUCCGAACUCAAAGAUGCCUUGCCACUGAAAAAGCCCGACAAGAAAUGAUCCGCCUGGGCCUUCUAUAA